AAAAACGAAACAGAGAAAAAUAUAUAAUAUAACUGCGCAUAUUUAUAUAAAAAAAGCAGUACAGACUAAAAUUAUGAGCACAACGCAAACACCACGACCGUUCUACAAAUUACCAAAAUCGUCGCCUGCAGAAGAAAGCCCACCAACCAACACUUCCCCCUCAGUGAAUAUUAAUUCUAACGAAAAAAUAAAUAAAGAAAAAUUAAUACCUAAACGUUCAGCUCCACCACCACCAGAAGUAGCGCAAAAAAACGUCCAAAUGAGCGCUUCCGGUUUGAAUGGUUUAAACACUAGCCCUUCAGGAAAAGAUAGCCAGCGUCGUGGGACUAAGAAACCGAAUAGUUUAGGCCCUCCACCAAAACCUACUCGUUCACCAAAUGACCCAUAUCAACUAGCAAGAAGUCCUUCUGCUGGUAGUGGCCAAAAGCAAAGUUUUUCGAGUGAAUCUCCUACAUCACCAAAGUACUCAGCAAGUGGUUAUAGUUCACUUAAGGGAGCUCCCGCCAUCAACGUUCAUGGUGAACCCAUUCAACCUAGCCCCAUUGAAAAAGACGGAAAUACUAAAUCCCUCAAGUUUUUUGGUAAUUUUCUCUCUGAUAUUCUUGGACCAAAAAAGAGAGUAGAGAUUUCGUCACCAUAUGAUCCAGUACAUUUAACUCACGUCGGGUUCAAUCAAGAAACUGGAGAAUUUACAGGUUUACCAAAAGAAUGGCAACAAUUAUUACAAGAAUCUGGCAUUUCAAAGCAAGACCAACAAGCACAUCCACAAGCAGUAUUGGACAUUGUAGCGUUUUACCAAGAUACAGCAGGUGGUAAAAAUCCACAUGCAAUUUGGGAGAAAUUUAAUAAUGCAAAAAUUGCAAAUAAGACAUCCCCGUCCAUUACUCCUACUUCACCAAAACAGGUAGAUAAACUGUUCGAGAAUCCCAGAACUGCACCUGUUCCGCCAGAUACGAAGAAAAAACCACCGCCUCCGGCUGUCCCUGCAAGGCCAAUGAAUCCAACAGGUCAAAAAAGUUACAAACCAAAACCGAAUAAUUCUCCGCCAAAACCAUCGCGUAGCAACACAACUGAGCCUCCAAGACUUCCGCCAAUAACACCGUUACCUCCACUUGAAAGUAAGACUUUACCGCAUCCCCCACCAAAACCCAAGCCACCUCGCCAUAACCAGAACAAUCAAGGUGGUCCAACGAGUGCUUCAGCGUCAAAACCACAAUCACCAUCAUCCAGUCCUGGUCAAGGACCGAAGGGACCUCCACAACAACAAGGUAGCCAAAGGCGUCCUCCUCCACGUAAUAAACAACCUAAAGAUUCUGGAAAUAUAAUCGAUAGAUUGAAUGCUAUUUGUAGUGAAGGAAAUCCAGAACACUUUUAUACUAAUUUGGUCAAAAUUGGUCAGGGUGCUUCAGGUGGUGUAUACACUGCUUACCAAAAAGGUACAAAUGUAUCAGUCGCUAUUAAGAGAAUGAACCUUGAACAACAACCAAAAAAGGAUCUUAUCAUAAAUGAAAUUUUGGUAAUGAGAGAAUCAAAACAUAAAAAUAUCGUAAAUUUUAUUGAUAGUUAUCUUUUUGCUGGUGAACUUUGGGUAAUUAUGGAAUACAUGGAGGGUGGUAGUUUGACAGAUGUAGUAACAACUAAUAUUAUGUCUGAGGGUCAAAUUGCAAGAGUUUGUAUAGAGACAUUGAAAGGGUUAAAUCAUUUACACGAAAAAGGUGUCAUUCACAGAGACAUCAAGAGUGAUAAUGUACUAUUGUCAUUGCAAGGAGAUAUCAAAUUGACCGAUUUUGGUUUUUGCGCACAAAUCAAUGAACAUCACAACAAACGUACAACGAUGGUUGGUACACCAUAUUGGAUGGCCCCAGAAGUUGUAACACGCAAAGAAUACGGUCCUAAGGUUGAUAUAUGGUCAUUAGGUAUUAUGGCUAUUGAGAUGAUAGAAGGAGAGCCACCGUAUUUAAAUGAGAAUCCUUUAAGAGCUUUAUAUUUAAUUGCAACGAAUGGUACACCACAAUUGCAAAAUCCUAGUGGUAUAUCACAACAGUUUAGAUUAUUUUUAAAUGAGUGUUUAGAGGUUGAUACAGAAAGGAGACCAACAGCAGCUGAACUUUAUGAUGAAAUAGAUGAUGGUAAUAAAACUAUAGUUAAAUGUCAUCGUUUCUUAGAAAAAGCUGAUCAUCAAGGUACACUCGUACCCUUAAUUAAAGCUGCACGGGAUAAUUCAAGGAAAUAAAUUCUUUUUUUUUUUAAAAAAAAAUCACGUAUAAUGUUUUAGCGAAUUGGAGUAUCUGGUAACAAUAUUAAAAAAAAAGAAAAAAACUUGGAGUAUAUAGCUUCAAUCAA